AGGAGGGGUAGUGAAAUCGGCGUCCUACACCGGCAGUUGUCGCUGCCUCUGCCUGGAAAAGUUUCUGCUCACGGUCGCGCUUCGGCCGAGCUGUCCUGAAUUCACGGGUGGCACGGCGAAGUUCCGAAAAUAUGGGUUGAAUAACGCCUCAGUUGCAGCGAGGUGGUUCGAUAUGUGUCGGUGACUGACCACAUCUAAGCAAAGCGGCCGUCCGUCCAAGCUACCUUCCCUCCAGAAUGGCAAGCAUACUGCACGUAGCAUUGAGUGCCGCUUUUAUUUCGAUCGUACUCUCUGCAAAUAGUGCGCCUUCAAGCAACAAAGUCCACGCUUCGAUCAGUUCCACUCCGGCUGCUACCAACACCGUCAAGCCCAAUUCCUCGUCUAGCCCGACGUCAGAAAAGAACAUUUUGCAGACUACGUCUAAUGCGACAGAAGGAACCAGCAACGGAACCACAGAUGUCGGUUCAUCAUCGACCACAUCGGCGGCGCCGCCGCCUCCUGCCGAUCCAGUUCUUCCACAGAAGGAUUCUGCGGAGGAAGAGCACCACUCUAGCAUGACCAUCUUCUUUGCGCUCAGCGUUAUAGCUGUCUGCAUUCUGAUGAUUCACUUCCUAAUUCAAGCCAACUUUGAGUUCCUGCCUGAAAGUGUGGUGGUGGUACUCAUUGGUGCCUUAAUAGGUCUUGUAUUGAAAUUGAUCUCGAGCCAGCAUCUUGGAAACUGGCAGAAAGAAGAAGCAUUUAGUCCAACCAUGUUCUUUCUUGUUCUGCUGCCACCCAUUAUUUAUGAGUCUGGCUACAACUUGCAUAAGGGAAACUUUUUCCAAAACAUUGGAUCAAUCCUGAUCUUCUCCAUUGUUGGCACAACUAUAUCAGCUCUUGUCAUCGGUGGUGGAGUCUACCUCCUGGGUCUAGCAGAUGUGGCCUACAGGCUGGACUUUGCCGAGAGCUUUGCAUUUGGUUCACUCAUCUCGGCUGUCGACCCGGUAGCAACCCUGGCCAUUUUUCAUGCCCUGGACAUUGACCCCAUCCUCAACAUGUUGGUUUUUGGAGAGAGCAUCCUCAAUGAUGCUGUGUCCAUUGUGCUUGCGACGACAAUUCUCGAGUCGGGGAGUCCGGAGAUGGCUUCCUUGACAACGGGACAAUUGGUCUUUCAUGGAGUGCAACGGUUCUUCCUUGUCUUCUUUGCGUCGGCAGGAAUUGGAGUGGCCUUUGCACUGGCCGCAGCACUGCUGCUGAAAUAUGUGGACCUGCGCAAGAACCCAUCACUUGAAUUUGGGAUGAUGCUUGUGUUUGUAUAUGCCCCAUACGGACUUGCAGAGGGCAUACAUCUUUCUGGAAUCAUGGCAAUCCUCUUCAAUGGAGUCGUCAUGUCGCACUACACUCACUUCAACCUUUCAUCGGUCACCCAGAUCACGAUGCAGCAAACUCUACGUACCCUCUCCCUGAUAGCUGAAACGUCGGUGUUUGCAUACCUUGGGCUGGCUAUCUUCAGUUACCGUCUGAUCAUCAAGCCGUCCCUUAUUAUCUGGAGCAUUGUUUUGUGCUUACUUGGCCGGGCUGCCAACAUUUAUCCACUCUCCUUUCUGUUGAACUACUUUAGGGAGCACAAAAUCACCAAGAAGAUGAUGUUUAUCAUGUGGUACAGUGGUCUUCGAGGUGCAAUCGCCUAUGCUCUGGCAAUGCAUCUGGACUUCGACGAUGAGAAGCGCCACGUUGUGGUGACAACAACGCUCAUCAUUGUCCUUUUCACCAUACUUGUCAUUGGAGGAUCGACAAUGCCACUCAUGAAGUUUUUGAAAGCAGACAAGCAGACAACACGCCGGAAAAGGAGACGGACACGUAAGGUCACGCUCAGCAAAACAAAGGAAAUGGGCCAAACAAUUGAUGCUGAGCAUCUCUCUGAGCUCACUGAAGAGGAGUAUGAGGUGAACUUUAUGAAGAGCAACAUCAAGGGAUUCAUUCUGCUUGACAUCAAAUACUUGAUUCCUUUCUUCACAAGGCGCUUCACCCAAAAGGAAGUGCAAGAUGGCAAGAUACAGAUGACAGACCUUACGAACCAGUGGUACCAGGCGAUUCGGGCACCCAUCCAGGAAACGGAUGAGGAAGACGAAGACUCCGAGAUUGGUGGCGUUUGAUUCCGGCCUGGCGUUCGUGUAGAAGAAGAAAAUGAAACUGCUUCAAGGAUCAAAUUAGCACAGCACAGCACAUUGUGUCAGAAUGCCUCCACACCCGAGCUGAAAAACUGUGAUGUUGCCAUUCUUUUGUUCUAAUUUUAUGUGAGAUGUCCACUAUUUAAAGUGCAAGUGUGAACACUUGUAGAGUAUGCAAAAAUUUCUGGAAACAGAAAUUCACACUACAAGGGUCAGUUCACUUUUUUUACACCGGAGACCAUAGCUGUGGACGAACAAAGACUGGAUUGCAAAGCAAGGUUUUGUCAAAUAAGCAAAUCAUCUGGUUGAAAGCACUAAUACUGGUAAAUGAAAAGGGCCGGUAAAAGGAUGAUAAAAUGGUAUGAAAAACUUGCUUCUCGUUUUUUGGGCUGGGUGUAUGUUUCUAUAGAAUGUAUAGAAUCUCGGUCAAUGAAAACGAAAAAAAAAGUGCUCAAUGUUUUCAUGCAACAGUGGGAAAGCUUCCAAGUUUCUGGAAUAUCCUUUCAGUGAGAUAACACUGUGGUAAUUUCCUUUAGUUUACGGAUCUGCUAGUAAACUAUAAGCAUGCUAAAAGUAACUUGAAAUAUUGGGCUGCAUUUUUAUAAAUGUGUAAUGUGUUAAUUGUUUUUCUUUUUCAUGAAGUACUAUUAAGAUAUGUCUGCAGUUGUCAAGUACAACCAUGGGUGAACGUUAAGAGUUCUCGGAGGCAUGUUUGUGCACAUUACAGCUUAUUUUGCUAUGCAUGAUAGCAUAAAUGUUUUCCAAUAUUGAUGAAAAGUGGAAUAUUUCGAAAAAGACAGACAAGAGCAUGCUUUUUGCAUUGCCAAACAUUUUAUAUGGGAGUGUGGGAAGCCAGUGAUAUAAGUAAAUGCUGUAAUUUAGUAUGGUACAGCAAAUUAUCUAUUUUGCUGCUAUUGUUCUAUUUAUAAGAUUUAUAAUGUGAUGAAGCACCAGAAAAUCGAGCAAUUUUUUGUAGAUAGUUGUAUAGUUCAGACCUUUGACUCAGUUUUCAGCAUUGCACUGUUUUAAAGGCUUGGUUUUUGAGGUGUCAUUUUACUCUUGCUGUUACAUUUGUUAUUUGUUUCUGCCAAGUUAUUUUACCGGGAACUAGUUUUGUAUGUUUUACAUAUGUUAUACCGAGACAGUGUGCAUGAGGGGUGUGCCAAUACCAAGCUGUUAUGCUAUUGAUAUAUUGUUAUGUUGAGUGAGAAUCGAGUUAAUACAUGCAUUACCAAGUUUUCUUUCCGUGUUGUGAAGUCCCUGUGAUUCUGAGAAGAGGGUCUUGCAAUCAGUUUCAAUAUUUUGUCAUUUGCAACGGUAUGUCUCUUAUAAUGCAUGCUGCUUAUCAACCAAACAAUCAAGCCCCAUGAAAAAGCAUAACAUCACAUUGCUUACCUUAUCUUUUUUUAUAUUUG